GCAUUAUAAAAAUAAAAAAACAAAAUGGCCGUUUGUUGAGUUAACAUUCUGUAAUCCUUAUUUGCCUUGUGUAGAAAAUGCAAAUUUCAAUCUGUUUCUUUAAUGAUUGAAAAAUAAGAAGGAUAAAUAAGAUGAGCAGUCGCUACAAAGAACACAAAGGGUCUUCGCGAUCGUCGCGUGAUGAUUAUAGAAAGUACAAGGAGAAGGAUGAGAAGCGGUCGAAGUCCAGAUCGAGGUCUCCUAGGCGAAAUCGUUCGCCGCCAUCUGCCUACCAAAACUUAUCUGAAAGACCUAGCAAAAGUCGGGACAGAGGUAUAGACUAUGAAGAAAAGAGACAUUAUUCUGGUGAUAAUUGGGAGGAAUCUGAUGAAGAAGUACCAACACCACCCCCUCCACCUCGUAUCAGCAAAAUUUCCAUUGGUUUUUCAAAAUCUAAAGCACCAAUAAAGAUGACUCUUGGUGCAUCAUCAAAGCCCAUUGAUAAACCUAAGCCAACAGUUGCAUCGGUUUUCAAUGCUGAUGAUGAUGAUGAUGAACCUGAGGAAAUGCCAGCCGAGGCAAAGAUGAGGAUGAGGAAUAUUGGAAGAGAAACUCCAACGUCAGCCGGUCCCAACUCAUUUGGCAAAACAAAACAAGGCUUCUGUGAUGCCAAGAAAGUAUUCGAGAAGAACCUAAAACAGGCAUUGGAAACUGCAGACAAACCACAAAUCAAGUUCCCACAGACAAUCUAUAAGAUUAAAGGGCCAUGAUAAUUAAUUUAUAGUUUGUAUGUAGAAUUUUUAUAAUUUGUUUGUCUUAUUAAUUAGAAUGUAAUCAUUUUAAUAAUAUAUAUUUCUGAUUAUAAACACCUGUAUUUUAACUAAAUUACAAACAAACUUAAUUUACAAGUCAUAGUUUUUAAUUUAAUUAACAAAAUCAGUGAUUAAGUAAUCAUUAAUUAAUUAAGUUUACCAUGCAUCACUCUGAAGAUUUCUCUACAAUCAUGUUACUACAUUCCUUUUUUAUUAUAAUUAUGGCAGAAUUUAUCUAAAUGACUAAAUAUCCUCAGUGAUUCAUCCUCUUUAGGAAUUAAUAUUCCACUUUUUUUUAGAUAAUUCUAGCAAUGCAAUAAUAUUUUUUUGAAUUUACAUACAUAUUGUAUUUAAAUUAAUAUUAAAAAUGGUGUUUCUAAAUGGGUCAUGUAUUUAAAAUUAAUGCUAAAAUUGGAAAUGUGUUUUAGAUACAGAGAUAUUCUUGAUUUCAAAUAUGGUUAGCCAUAAUUAUUUAUGCAUCUAAAACCAAAUGUAUGGUCAGUCUGUUUCAGUCCAAUUUUUAGAAAUAGUAAACAAGUUAUUUGAUAUUUUUUUUUUUACUUAAAAUCAUAUACAGGAAUGGUCAUUUAAAAACAGUAAAACUUAGAAAGCAUUAGAUAGUUUCAGUAAUCAUUGUAUAUUGA